AUGUUUGCAGAUUACACUAAUAUAUCCUGUGACGGAAAAUUAGCAACUGACAUUCAACAAAAAAUUAACUCAGACUUGAACAGUGUUCAUAAUUGGCUAUUAGCUAACAAACUAACUUUAAGUGUUGAGAAAACAGAAUAUAUGAUUGUUGGUUUGAGACAAAGGCUUAAUCAAAUAAAUUCAGAUCCUGACAUAUUAAUCGGAGAUCAUAUGAUAAAGAGAGUUUCUAACAAAAAAUUCCUAGGAGUG